UGUUUUUCGGUUUUCUCUUCUGCAAAUCUGAUGCAUCUGUGAUGCCACCGUGGUGAUGCUUGCCUUCACCCGCCCCACUGCCCUUCUGCUCACGGCCUUAGUUGCGGCUUUCCUGCUGUUUGGCACCUUCCCUGUCAGAGUUCUCCUCGGCCUCGACGGCAGAAAUGUGUUCGAGCUCAGCAAGCUCAGCCGAUUCGUCCACCCAACCUUCCAUCAGCUGGGAUAUGUCUUCAGAGGCAAGGCACGCUCUGCAACUCCAGGCAUCAACGGUGACUUCGCCGAUCUGGAGGCACUGGAGAGUCAGCUGGAGGUCCCUUUCUACAUCUACGAGACGCCGGCGGUGCGGGAGCUGUAUGACAUCUGCCAGGAGGCUGCUCGCGGGAUCCUGAAUGGCACUUGGCCGUCGCACUUGCCCACAUACAACAAGAAAAACAUCGGUGAGAGGAGAAGAGAGAAGCACACCUGAUGAAAGAGCGCCCGGAGGAAUGCAUCGCUGAUGGUAUCUGUCUGCUCUGCCUACGUGCAGAUGAGGUCUAUUGGUUGGAUCAGUUGUGGAACGAUCCAUGGAGAGUGACUGAUCCCGAGAAAGCCCUCGUAUUUGUCAUCCCUGUGUACCCUGGUACGCACCGAGCCAGCCAUGAAGCCCUCACAAACCAUGUUCUGACGGGCGCUUCCUGGUCUGCUUCGCAUUCUCAGUGCUAUCUCUUGAGCGCGCUUGCGAAGGCAGGAGUCAUAAGAUAACACAUAGUCUUGCGGACAAGGCGGUCGAGGAGAUACAAGCGAUGCCAUACUGGGGCAGAAAUGACGGGCUGGACCACAUUGUCAUGGUCAGCCAGUGCACAUGUGCCGAUUAUCUUCAUUCACUCACAGCAGCUAUGCAUGUCUGCUCUCUUCUUGCAUCAGGCUGUGGACUAUCGGUUCAGCUUUGGCAACAUCAGGGGUGCUUUUGGCGGCAAAUUCGGCGACCUGGCGAAGAACAUCACCUGGGGGCGGAAGCUCAGCGAGAGAAGUAGUCAUUUCCACAUCCACCCGUCCGUCUGUUCUCGGCUCGUAUCUUGUCUUGUUUGUGUUUGUGUGUGUCCGAACAGCUAAGGCGCAGUACGCCUGUGGCGUGACAGCUCCCUUCACGUAAGCGAGCCAAAUACGAGAGCGGCCAUCCAUCCGUCACCAACCUCACAAUGCCUGUCUAUUUUGACGCCUUCUCGCCACUGCUGCAGGUCGGCGAUGAGUUUUCUGCAGAGGGCCUACCGUCCCUUUGAGAAGGAGAGUCUGCUCGAGCGGGGCCUCGUGGACGCUGCCGACGUCUUUGAGGACGAUCGCCUGCACACCGCCUUCAACCCGCCGUCCAAAACGGACUGGUUCGCGAGGGACUACCUCAUGUUUUUCCAGGGUACGUGGGCGGAUGUGUGCAAAGGAAGACUGACCACAGGCCACUCAUCUUCCUGUCUGCAUGUCUUCACUGCUUGGUUGGUUGGUUCGUUCAGGCCAGGCCGACAAUCGGGGCGCGUACACGUAUCGCAGGCGGGGCUUCGAGCAGCUGGCUGGGUGGCACUACACGCCCGAGUCGUGUCCCGACUGCCCUAGAAGCUCCAACGUCUUCGUUUCUGCAUCAAACCCCCAGGACUACACCGUCCUCGACGCAGACGGCAACAAGAAGAAGGAGCGUAUCCCCGAGUGCCCCCGGAGAGGCAGGGAGAGACGAGCGUUCGGGGUGCAGCUGGGCAAGUUUGAGCGGUGCCGAGGGUUGACGCCGUCGACACGGAAGGAUCAGACCGACCUGAGUGUGUUCAAGGCUGCCACCUUCAUGCACCGGCUGAGCAACUCGAAGCUCAAUCUGUGUUUCCGCGGCGACGACGUGACGAGCAACCGGUAUACCGACGGCUUCUGGACGCGGACACUCAAUCUGUUCAUCACUGAGGUGGAGCCCAUGUUCAGACUGGCCGUUCCCUUCCAAUGCGAGAUACCAUGGUGGUAAGAAGAGCGCCGCCGCAACACACCAAGACACUCAGGCAUCCCUUCAGUCAGGCAUCCCUGCUGUGUGUCUGUGUCAGGAACUUCACGUAUGCGAUUGACGGCAAAGAGUACAAGGAGGACCCCCGCAAGGCACUCACACCCAUCCUGAGAGAGCUUUAUGAGGACCCAGCAGCAGUGCGGGAGAGGCUGCGGCUGAUGGAGUACUACAGCAGGAAGGUCCUGUGGAACGCACCUGGCAGCACCACGGCGAGGAGCGUCCUGAGAGCCAUGACGCGGCAAUGCCUCUCUGACGACAUGAAGAUGGCCUUCAUAGAGAGAACCAGACAAGAAGGUCAGAGAACUCGCACACGGAAGAGCGGCAUAGAUAAGGGAAUGGCCGACGGAUGAUUCCUGCGCCUCUGUGUUCAGGUGACCCUUUGGAUUUUCGAGACCAUGAGUUGUUUGCGCCCUGUCGCUUUCCCGACAAGUCUGCCAAGCGAGAGGAGCAGUCGAAAACAAAGCCGGCCAACACUAAUGUUCCAAUAAAGAAGCGACGGCGCAUUUGAGGGGAGGUGGAGCCGCAGCCUGGGCUGCAUUUGCUCGCCUGGGCUGGG